UCCAUAUCUGAUCAGACGUGUAUACAACAAAUAUAUCUGAUCGACGUUACCUAUCGUAAUUGACAUUAUCAUAAUAAACCAAUGAAAUAGCAACGCGUGUACCGAUAUUUUUUGUUUUUAAUACGAAAAGUGAAUAAAUGUGAAAAGGAGGAAACGGUGGAUCAGCUAGGUAAGGUCACGGAAGAUUUAACGCCCGGAAGUACCUAAAACGACGGUCGUCCGGUGUAAACACGACGAGUGACGCGUACCAUUGCGCAGCUACCAACGCGCAGCAUUUGAACGUUCGCAGUUCGAUCGGCCAUAUUGCCCUCCGGGUCUUACACAACGCCCUCACACGAACGAUCGUGAGUUUACGAGGUAAGAGAAUAUUUCGAGGUUUCGUGUGGUGUGCGAGCCUGGCACAACGUGGAAAUACAUUUCCCUGUGAAGAAAGACAAUUUUCAGUAGUAAUCGAGGAAACCUGUGGCCACUGGUCGCGAGCAAAACGCGGAACAUCGGUGAGUUAUCCGAAGCACGUAGCAGAACGGACAGUAUUCCCUUCCGUCGCGUCCUCCAUAUUGAUGACAGCGCCGACGACUAAUGAGAGAAAGUAUAGUUGCAUGAUUUAAUGAUCUUACCAUGACGAGUAACGUAGCAACAAUUAAGUUAGAAGAGGGGCAAGAAUCUGUGACAGAGAUACAAACUUACUUGGAGACAUUUAAUAAAGAAAUAGAAGGUGGUCAAGGGGAGCAAUUGCAGCAUGUACAAUUGCAACAAGUGGAAGGGUUGUCAGGUGGCGAAGAAGGAGGAACUUAUUUUGUUGAUCAAUCAGGUCAAUAUUACUAUCAGGCGAAUAGUGAUGAAACACCUGUGAUGACACAGGUGCAGAUCCAAGAAGUAGAGGAAGCUGAUGUACAAACUGAAGGAGACGGUUCUCAGGAAGAACAGUACCAAGAAAUCGAGGAACUUGAAAAUGUUGAUGGAGAUGAAGAUGGACAGGUGGCUACUAAUGGAAACAAUCAAGUUGUCAUCAAUUCUGGUGAUGCAUAUCAAACAGUUACAAUUGUACCAUCUGAUACUAAUCCUGGAGAAGUCAGUUAUGUGUUAAUUGUUCAACAACCGGAUGCUGAAGACAAAGAAAGUCGACCUGCUGAAAGAGAGGGAACAGAAGGUGAAGAAGGGGAGGGUGAACAAGACCUUACUGUGUACGACUUUGAAGACAAUGAAGAUAAUGAAGCUCCUGUGGAGUCAGAAGCAGAGGAUGAUAAAACCAAAAUUAUUAAGUUCCUACCUAAGAAAUCGCAAACAGUUACUCAAGCUCAUAUGUGUAAUUAUUGUAAUUACACAAGUCCAAAGCGGUACCUACUGUCAAGACAUAUGAAGUCACAUUCAGAAGAGAGACCGCAUAAAUGUAGUGUUUGUGAAAGAGGGUUUAAAACAUUAGCUUCACUACAGAAUCAUGUUAAUACACAUACUGGGACCAAACCUCAUCAUUGUAAAUUUUGUGACAGUGCAUUCACAACUUCCGGUGAACUUGUUAGACAUGUUCGAUAUAGGCAUACACAUGAAAAACCCCAUAAAUGUCAUGAAUGUGAUUAUGCAUCUGUUGAACUGUCCAAAUUGAAGCGUCAUAUUAGAUGUCACACAGGGGAGCGUCCAUAUCAGUGUCCGCAUUGUACAUAUGCCAGCCCUGAUACAUUUAAGCUCAAACGACAUUUACGAAUACACACUGGAGAAAAGCCAUAUGAGUGUGAUUUUUGCCAAGCAAGGUUUACACAGUCUAAUAGUUUAAAAGCUCACAAACUUAUACACAAUGUCGGUGACAAACCAGUAUUUCAAUGUGAACUGUGCCCAACGACAUGUGGCAGAAAAACAGAUCUCAGGAUUCAUGUACAAAAAUUACAUACCUCAGACAAACCUUUGAAAUGUAAACGCUGUGGAAAAACAUUCCCAGACAGAUAUAGCUAUAAACUGCACAGUAAAACUCAUGAAGGAGAAAAGUGCUACAAAUGUGAUUUAUGUCCAUAUGCAUCAAUAUCUGCGCGACAUCUUGAAAGUCACAUGUUGAUACAUACGGAUCAGAAACCUUAUCAGUGUGACCAUUGUUUUCAAUCAUUUAGACAAAAGCAACUACUCAAGCGGCAUUGCAACCUUUACCAUAAUCCUACUUACGUUCCGCCACCGCCACAAGAGAAAACUCAUCAAUGUCCCGAAUGUGAACGGCCGUUCAGGCAUAAAGGAAAUCUUAUUCGGCACAUGGCUGUUCACGACCCAGAAUCGUCCCUUCAAGAGAAGCAACAAGCGUUGAAGAUGGGCAGACAGAAAAAGAUUCAGAUCAUUGAUGGACAAAGGGUCGAAGUUAUGACAGGUGAUUUAACUUCUAAACUUAAAGGUUAUGAAGAGGAGGAGGAAGAUGAAGAAGAUAUGAUGGCAGUUGAAGGAAGUGAUGGUCAACAAUAUGUGGUGCUGGAAGUGAUUCAACUAGCCGAUAAUCAGGGGACCGAUCAAAUGGCUGUGGUAGCGAGCGAAGAUGGAGACUUGGUAAUGCAAGAUCCUUUGAGUCAGGAAAGCGGCAUUGUAACUGGUACAGGGGAAGAUGCAGAUGAAGUGGAAGAGGACGACACGGAAAUGGAUGAUUUAAAAAUGGAUUCGGGGACGUCUUCGAAAGCUUCGUCUCAAAACACGCAAAGCGAUCCAAAGUUACAAAAAGAAAUGGAAACCUGUUUCGGGUUUGACGAGGAGGAAGAGGACGAGGAAGAAGAAGGCAGUAGCAAUAUCAAUAUAUUGCAGACAAUUUCGUAAUGAGAAGAAUUAAUCCGAGAGGACCUGCGUCAGGAAUAGUCAAAUGUUUUUUGUCUCUCUCACAGUGUCAGUGCACAAACUGCGAGUGCAGUGAACUACUACUAUUUGAAGACUCUGUGCAUAGCUCCAAUGAAGCUACCUUUCAGGGCUAGAGUGGUCCACAUACAUGGUACAAGAACUCUUUUUGCCACUAGUGCAUUAGGUGUAUCUAAUAAUUUAUGAAGGAACAGUAGUCUUGUGGUUUAGUGAAAUAUCAAGCGAAUGUACAAUUAUGAUAAUGUAAAAUAUUAUUUUACUUUAUUAUCAGUGAAAAUUAUUAUCUCUUUUGGAAAUCGUCGUAAACCGGCUAAGCAUGUUAUUACUGAUAAAAAAAAGCAGAUAUAUUAAGAGUAUAGGUUGACAUAAUAUUUUUAAACGAGUUAUUUAAAAACUUUAAUAUAAAAGCACGGCGCAUAGUAAAAUGGUUGAGCUGGCCGAACACGUCAGUCAUUGUUGGAGUGUGGUUAACAAAGACGAAAUUAUAAAAUGAAGUGAGGCUGCAGUGUAAAUAAAUGCUUUCCAUUACACCUCAUUUUAUAGACAAAUACAGUUUUUCUGUGAAUUACUAGAAUAACGAAGGCGCUGAAUUUUACGUUGUAUAACGCGAGCAAGAUUUG